CAACCCAACGGGGCUUGGAGCAGUGGAGAGUCUGAGGGUUAGUAUGUAGCUAAAAGUAGGGGGAGAAGGAAGAGAAAAGAUGAGACAUGGAAUUUGGUGGAUACCGGGAUGCUACAGUACAUCAUGGAUGGGAGGGUCUUGGUUUGGGCCGUUGUAAGCUUCUUUUUUUGGUGUACAUGGAUGGGAACGAGAACGAUCUGGCCUCGAAUCUGGCCUUUUUUCUUUUUGAGGAUUGUAGAUUUAAGCGAGCUGGAUGUAGCUGGGCAGGGCUGGGAAUGGAAUCCUACGAGGGUUUGCGAUUGGCGAUGGAGAGCUGGGUUUGUGCUUCAUGUGAGCGAGAUGCAGUGCUGGUCUAACGCCAAGUCAUACAGGAUGUGAAGCUGCCAUUGAGGGACUGGGACAAGUCAUAGCCGUAGAAGCAAGAACCAGAAUAUGCUCUGUGCCGUGAUGUGCUGUG